GAAAAGUGUUUUCUAUCUGUGAAUCUCUUUCCUCUCUCUUUCUCCGUGCCUUUUCGGCUUCUCUGCUUUCUUCUUCUUCGGCGUCUCUGACAGUCUGAGCUAGCUGCUGGAGGAAGAGAGAGCUCUUUCUGCGGGCCGUGCAUACAAUUUACUGAUCUUCCAAGCACAUAGACAUAUAGCGGGGGUGUAAACAGAAUUAUAUUCGAGACAUAGCUCCAGUGCUGCUCAUUUGUUGAGUUUCCAAAGUCCUUAUAGAGCAUUAUAUCUUCACUCUACUCUGGUUGAAACUCCGUAACCGAUCUGGCCAUCUAUCUGUCCUCUGUUUGUGGAGAUUUGUAGACAAGGCUAUUGAAUUAGAUCUAAAAAUUACAGCCAUAAAAUCAGGUCUGGAUUUGGCUUUUGAGUUGGUGUCCAUGUUAUGGCUUAUCUAUAACGAAGGAGUGGAUUUUAACUCAGAAUUUGGCCUUUAUUUCUGUAAUUAUAUUAUAUUUUCCUGUGCAUUUCUGUGAGUUUGUCACAUAAGCAUGCCUUCAUGGUGGGGAAAGUCUUCUUCCAAAGAUGUAAAGAAGAAAGCAAACAAGGAAAGUUUCAUUGAUUCGAUAUUUAACCGAAAUAAGGGUUCAUCUGAAGAAAAGUGCAAAAGUAGAUCAGGAGGCUCUCGGAGACGUUCUAGUGACACUGUUUCAGAAAGGGGACCUCUAUCCAGGGUGCCUUCAAGGUCACCAUCACCAUCCACUCAGGUGUCACGCAGUCAAAGUUUUGCAGAAAGGCCUCAUGCCCAUCCUCUUCCACUUCCAGGGAUACAACUUGCUAGUGUUGGGCGUACUAACUCAGGAAUCAGUGCAUCAUCAAAACAAAUAUGUGAUAGAGUCUCAAAACCACUUUUUUUGCCCCUUCCAAAACCUGGAUGUACCCCAAACAGGGCAGAUCCCACAGAUGCUGAGGUUGAUAUGGCCACUGGCUCUGUUUCUAGUGAUAGUAGCACCGAUAGUGAUGAUCCAUCUGACUCUCGUCUUCUUAGUCCCCCAACUUCUGACUAUGAAAAUGGAAACAAAACCACCAUAAACAGCCCUUCCAGUGGAAUGCAGAAAGAUCACUUUCCAGCUGUCAGUCAAAAGAACUCAAGCGAGAUUUUGAAACCGUCUAAUGUUCUAUUCAAUAAUCGGAGUCUCUCUACAUCACCUAAACAGAGACCUUUACGUACGCAUGUACAAAAUUUGCAGAUUCCUCCCCACGGUGCUUUCUGUAGUGCUCCUGACAGCUCGAUGUCAAGUCCUUCUAGAAGUCCAAUGAGAGUGUUUGGGCCUGAGCAAUUUAUGAACUUUGGCUACUGGGCAGGAAAAUCUUAUCCAGAUAUAGCUUCUGGUCAGUGCUCUAGUCCAGGCUCAGGUCAUAAUUCUGGGCAUAAUUCAAUUGGGGGUGAUUUUUCGGGACAGCUUUUUUGGCCACACAGCAGGUGCAGUCCUGAGUGUUCUCCAAUUCCUAGUCCCAGGAUGACAAGCCCCGGUCCCAGCUCCAGAAUACACAGUGGUGCUGUCACCCCUCUGCAUCCACGAGCUGGAUCUGCCACAGAUUCAUCUGCAACUCGACCUGAUGAUGGGAAACAGCAGAGUCACCGGUUGCCCCUUCCUCCCUUGACAAUAUCAAAUUGUUGCCCCUUUUCUCCCACAUAUUCAGCAGCUACAACUCCUUCAGUUCCGCGUAGUCCUGGUAGAGCAGAAAAUCCGAUAAGCCCAGGUUCACGCUGGAAGAAGGGACGCAUGCUCGGGAGGGGUACAUGUGGACAUGUAUAUGUUGGUUUUAACAGUGAAAGUGGUGAGAUGUGCGCCAUGAAAGAGGUAACUCUCUUUGCAGAUGAUGCAAAGUCAAAGGAAAGUGCACAGCAGCUGGGGCAAGAAAUUGCACUGCUAAGUCGCCUGCGACAUCCAAAUAUAGUGCAGUAUCUUGGGUCUGAGAAUGUAGAUGACAGACUAUAUAUAUAUCUAGAAUAUGUAUCUGGUGGUUCCAUCUAUAAACUGCUUCAAGAAUAUGGUCAGUUUGGUGAAAUAGCUAUUCGCAGUUACACUCAACAAAUUCUGUCUGGGCUUGCAUAUCUGCAUUCUAAAAACACUGUCCAUAGGGACAUCAAAGGAGCAAAUAUUCUGGUAGACCCCAAUGGCCGGGUGAAAUUGGCGGAUUUUGGGAUGGCAAAGCAUAUCUCUGGGCAGUCUUGUCCAUUAUCCUUCAAGGGAAGCCCUUAUUGGAUGGCGCCUGAGGUUAUCAAGAAUUCAAAUGGUUGCAAUCUUGCUGUUGAUAUUUGGAGCCUUGGAUGCACUGUGUUAGAGAUGGCUACAACAAAACCACCAUGGAGCCAGUAUGAAGGGAUUGCUGCUAUGUUUAAGAUUGGAAAUAGCAAGGAACUUCCUGCAAUUCCUGAUCAUCUUUCAGAGGAUGGAAAGAAUUUUGUGAGGUUGUGUUUGCAGCGUAAUCCAUUACAUCGUCCUACAGCUGCUCAGCUUUUGGAUCAUCCUUUUGUUAAGAAUGCUGCACCAUCAGAAAGACCCCUUUUGAGUGAUGAUCCUUCAGACGCAGUUCCCAUGGUUACAAAUGCUGUGAGAUCUCUGGGCAUUGGACAUGUACAGAGUUCUUCAUGCUUAGACUCGGAAGGAGUUGGUAUCCAUCAGUCUAGAGGCUCAAAAACCGGUUCAGGAUCCAGUGAUGCCCAGCGACGGAAUAUAUCAUGCCCAGUUUCUCCCAUUGGGAGCCCUCUUCUACAUUCAAGGUCACCACAACAUGUGAGCAGAAGGAUGUCCCCCUCUCCAAUUUCUAGCCCUCGUACGACAUCUGGUUCAUCUACUCCCCUUAACGGUGGUAGUGGUGCUACCGCAUUUCAUCACCCAAAGCAGCCAACUAUGUACUUUCACGAAGGUGUAGGAAUGAUCCAAAAGGGCCCAAAUAGUUUCUAUACUAAUGGCAGCACCCCUUAUCAUGAGCCAAAGUCUGACCUAUUUCGAGGGAUGCCACAAGCUUCUCAUGCUUUCCGUGAGAUAAUUUCAUCCGAUAGUGGUGCUUCUGGAAACCAGAUGGGACGUCCUAUCCUUGGGGACACCAGGGAAUUGUAUGAGAAACAGUUGGUUUUGGCCGAUCAUGCUUCUCAGCAGCCCUUAAGGGAGCAUCUGAAGCAAAGUUCAUCAGCAGAACUUAAACCCAGCUCACCAUUGCUCGGUCGUAAUUGAUUUACAUUUGAAUCCUAACCAGAGGAGGAUUCCAGGCAUACAUACCAGAUUCUUUUUGAUGCUUCAAUGGCAUCAUAUUCAUGGCUGAUAACACCAUUUUGUACUUAGGAAUUGAACUUGGGGAAGCAACUGAAUAAGGUUGGAUUCUGUUGCGAGCCUAAAUGACAAGAGAGAUGAUUUUGAAGUGCCCUCCGUACAUGAAUUGGUCGGUUCAAAUGAAAAGAUGGUUGCUGAAGAUCCAGCAAGCGGCAGUUCCUUGCAAUGGAGAGAAUUCCCGCAUGUGUAAGUGCAUUUAUACCACACCUGGAAAACCUAAAAGGUACAAGAGUUACUACGAUGAGGACUCUUGAUAUUUUUCCUUUUUCUCUUUUGAAAGGGGGAAAUGAUAUGGCCGUGGCAAAGAAUCUUUGUACAGUAAGGAUGGGAAUUAAAUUAGGCGUUUUUUAACAAUAUCUUGUAUCAGUUAAUGGUAACUCAGCCCCUCUCUUAUAAUGGGUUGUCAUGACGACAGCGUUGUAUUGACGUCAUACUUGCAUCAGAUUAAGGAAAUCUAGUUCAACUUGUA